CCCCUCUCCUGCGCCGUGCAGAGCUACUCCUGGGGAAAGGUGGGCCUGGAGAGCGAAGUGGCCAAGCUGCUGGCCAGCAGUGACCCCCUGGUCCAGAUCCGGCCCGACCAGCCCUAUGCAGAGCUCUGGAUGGGUGCGCACCCCCGGGGUGACGCCAUCAUCCGGGAUAACCGCAUCCCCCAAAAGACCUUGGGCCAGUGGAUUGCCGACAACCCUGCCUGCUUGGGGGCGAAGGUGAAGGAUGCCUUCCAGGGUCACCUGCCUUUCCUCUUCAAGGUGCUGUCGGUCAACACCGCCCUCUCCAUCCAGGCACACCCCAACAAGGAGCUGGCAGCAAAGCUGCACGCCCAGUUCCCUGAGCACUACCCUGAUGACAACCACAAGCCCGAAAUGGCCAUCGCUCUCACCCCCUUCGAGGGCUUGUGCGGCUUUCGGCCGGUGGAGGAGAUCGUCUCCUUCCUCCAGAGUAAGGAUGGCGAGGGAGGGCGGUCGUGAGGUCAGACCUCGCUGGAGCGCAGCGGGAGCGAUGACCCCCGCGGCGUCUCGGCCGCCCUCCGCGUCUGCUUCACCCGCCUGAUGAAGAGCGAGAAGAAGUUCUUCGUCGACCAGCUGAACAUGCUGGUGAAGAGGAUCUCCCAGGAAGCGGCGGAAGGGAAGGACACAUCGGGGAGCAACGGGGACCUGCUGCUGCGGUUGCACUCCCAGUACCCAGGGGACAUCGGCUGCUUCACCAUUUAUUUCCUCAACCUGGUGAGGCUGGAGCCGGGGGAGGCCAUGUUCCUGGGAGCCAAUGAGCCCCACGCCUACCUGCACGGAGACUGCGUGGAGUGUAUGGCGUGCUCGGAUAACACGGUGCGCGCCGGGCUCACCCCCAAAUUCAUCGACGUCCUCACCCUGUGCGAGAUGCUCAACUACACGCCGGCGCCCAGCAGCUCCAAGAUCUUCCCGGCUGCGCAGAGCCAGCUUGACCCCAGCGUCUACCUCUACGACCCACCUGUGCCAGACUUUGCCAUCAUGAGGAUAGAGAUCCCCACCUCCAUCAAGCUGUACCUCGUCUCCGCCGUGGACUCAGCCAGCAUCUUGCUGGUGAUCCAAGGGACAGCCGUGGGCACGUCCACAGCCGCAGCCUCCGAAAUG